AUACGGGCGAAAAACAGGGGAAGCGAGCCGUGCACGAAAAAAUAUGCGCAGUGCGCAGUUACUGCGCAGAUGCGUUGUUUUGCGUGGUCUUGCGCAUAGGUAAAGGUACUGUGGAGGUUAAGUUCAAUCAGUUUAAUGAAAUAAAAACUUGACAAGAACCGGUGCCGGUAAGUACGGUUGUCGGUUACAGAAAGUACGCUCAUCCAAACAAAAGACAAAUGUUACUCGUGCCGUGUAAACCUAUUUUCGGUUUGGUCACUUUAUUUUGUUUAGCCAGAGGAGUCACAGUUAAUAAUUACAGAAAUAUGAGCAGUCUCGCUGGAAUUCAUUCUGUCACUUAUGUCACAGUUCCUACUCAGGACGUUGCUAAGAAAUUGGCUCACGGUCUGGUAAAGAACAAACUUGCUGCUUGUGUCAAUAUCAUACCAGGUCUCACAUCAGUGUAUGAAUGGAAAAAUGAAAUUAAUGAGGACAGUGAACUUCUGUUGAUGAUAAAAACUAGAACUGACACUGUUGAUGCUUUAACAAAAUUUGUGAAGGAAAAUCAUCCAUACGAAGUCUGUGAAGUAAUUUCAUUACCAAUCCAGAAUGGAAAUGAUAAGUACCUCAACUGGAUAAGUGAGAUAGUACCGCCAAUCGACCAAAGGGAAAAGCAAGAAUAGAUUCAGGAAUUGAAAAAGAGCUCUCAGCAUUUCAGUGUUUCUUUUACUAUUUACACCCGAUGGAACUGGCAGGAUAGAAUUAGUACAGGACGACAUUGACUGCCGAUCGUUCUUACCUCCAUUCCUUGGGUCACGAGCAUUACGGACGAAUCUCUAUUUAUCAAAUACAACUUUUUUUUAAGAUAUACAUGUACUUUCAGUUAUUUUUCAACUUCAGUCUCGAUCAAGCAUAGUAAAAUAAAAUAGAAGUUAAAGACUAUUGAGCUGUCUGAGCUACUGGAUCUGGUCAUAAAUAUCCUUUGUACUAAACAUUGUAUACGUAACAUAUUUCUUAUUUAAUAAAAUAUUAUAUUUCUGUUCUCACCAGAAA